ACCAAAACCCACAUAUAUACACUCACACAAACACAAUAGCCAAAAAAAGGGGGCAGAGAAGAAGCAAAAAAAAAAAAGAAAAGGAAAAUGAGCUCGGUGUGUAUCUCCAACUGCAUCAACGACGCGAGCGCGUCAAUACGGCCCGUACGGACAACGUAUGUGAGCCUGUACAAGUGGCCGGAAUCCGACGCCGAGUUCGUACGGUCCGUCCGCCGUGGAGGCGGAGCUCCGGCGGCCCGUGUAGUCGACAGCAUCUCCUGCCGUCAGAUGUACCUCCGCAGCUACACCUUCUCCCGAGAAGACGACGACAAGAAGAACAAGAACAAGAAGGAGACGUCAGCAGCGAAGUCGACGUGUCUGGGGAGGGCGAAGGAAACGGUGUCGUUUAGGCGGAGGAAGGAGGAGGAGGAAGAUGAAGGCGACGUCGUCAUUGUGGACAGGGACAAGACGAAACGACGUCGUAAGAGGGGGAGACCGAAGAGGAAGAAGAGGUUUGCUUGCUCUGCCCUCUUCAGGUUGUUUCAGAGGUUACUGUCUUGUGCUGCUACUGUAGAUGUCGUUGAUCAUGUGUGAUUAUUUAUUAUUUUAUGUUGAAUAGCAUUUCAUUAGCUUUUUAUUAUUGUUUACGAUCUUAUAUAUAUGGCGUUUGUUUGGUAUGUGGUUCAUACUGUGGCCUAAAAUUUCAUUGUUAUGUAUUUUGUUUUGUUUUUUAUAAUCUCUAAGAAAUAGAUGGUCUUGAAUUUUGUUA